GGCGGGGUCGCCCGAGCACGGCGCUCGGCGCACACGUGGGCGGUGGCGCGGUGAGGAGAGCCCGCCGGCCGAGCUGACUGGGACAGGCAGCCGCGAGGACAGCCUGCCGGGGCCGUUCCAGAAGCCCCCGCGCCGCUGCUCCGCCUUCCGCCGCACGUGGCUGCAGCGCGAUGCCCAAAUCCAAGCGCGACAAGAAAGUGUCCCUGACCAAAACUGCUAAGAAAGGCUUGGAACUGAAACAGAACUUGAUAGAAGAGCUGCGGAAAUGUGUGGACACGUACAGGUACCUCUUCCUGUUUUCCGUGGCCAACAUGAGGAACAACAAGCUGAAAGACAUCCGAAACGCCUGGAAGCACAGCCGGAUGUUCUUCGGCAAAAACAAAGUGAUGAUGGUGGCUUUGGGACGGAGCCCGUCCGAUGAGUAUAAGGACAACCUGCACCAGGUCAGCAAGAAGCUGCGGGGUGAAGUCGGGCUCCUCUUCACCAACCGCACAAAGGACGAGGUGCAUGAGUGGUUCACGAAAUACGCUGAAAUGGACUAUGCACGAGCUGGGAACAAGGCCACUUUCACCGUGAGCCUGGACCCCGGGCCGCUGGAGCAGUUCCCACACUCCAUGGAGCCGCAGCUGCGGCAGCUGGGCCUGCCCACUGCUCUCAAGAAAGGUGUGGUGACCCUGCUGUCCGACUACGAGGUGUGCAAGGAGGGCGACGUGCUGACCCCUGAGCAGGCCCGGGUCCUGAAGCUUUUUGGUUAUGAGAUGGCCGAGUUCAAGGUGACCGUCAAGUACAUGUGGGAUGCGCAGUCGGGAAGGUUCCAGCAGAUGGGAGAGGACUUGCCAGAGAGUGCGUCCGAGUCGGAGCCAGAAUCCGAGGAGGACGAAGACGACUGACUCAGUGCUUCUGGACUGAAGGCCUUCCAGCACCUUCCAGGACUUGGCUAGACCACGCCACAGUGCCGCUGCCACCCCUCUGCCCGGACAAGCGUGUGCUUGGCUGUGAAUGAAGCCAAGUUAAGGGCAGUGAAUACUGACUGUUCCCGUCGAGAAUAAAA